AUGGCUGCUCUCAAUCUCCCUCCAAUCACACCAUCUGCCACCAAAAUUGGCUGGAUCGGUAUCGACAUUAUGGGUUCUGCAAUGGCAUCUCGCCUACUCUCAUCCGGCUAUUCUCUAACCAUCUACGCUCGCACCCCAUCAAAAGCCGACCCACUUAUCGCUCUUGGUGUGCACCUCGCUGCUUCUCCGGCUGACGUUGCCAAAUCCUCAGACAUCGUCUUUACGAUGCUGGGACACCCGCAAGAUGUUCGACAAAUUAUCUUAACCAAAGAAACAGGGGUUUUAUCAGAUUUGAGCUCUAAUGGUGUUGUGAUUGAUAAUACUAGUAGUCAUCCUGAGUUAGCUAAGGAGAUAAAUGAUGCUGCUCGUGAGAAAGAUUGUUGGGCAAUUGAUGCUCCUAUUUCAGGGGGUGAUGCAGGUGCUAGGAAUGGUAAUUUGGUUAUUUUUGCUGGAGGAGAGAGAAAUGUUGUUAGUUGGUUGUCUACAUUGUUGGAGAUUAUGGGUAGUAAAGUGAGUUUUAUGGGUGGUCUUGGAAGUGGGCAGAGUUGUAAGAUAGCUAAUCAGAUUAUGGUUAGUGCAAAUUUGGUGGGGUUGAGUGAAGGGUUAGUUUUUGCAGGGAAAGUAGGGUUGGAUAGGAGGGAUUGGAUGGAAGCGGUUCGAGGCGGGGCUGCUGGUUCUAUGGUGAUGGAGUUAUUUGGACAAAGGAUGAUUGAUAGGGAUUUUGAGCUUGGUGGGAUUAUUGAAUACAUUGUGAAGGAUAUUGGUAUGGGACUUGAUUUCGCCGAGGGGCUGAAGGGGAAGGGUGGUAAUAAGGAUGAGGUGGUUGUUAUACCAGGUGCAUCAUUGAGGAAGCAACUCUUUGUUGUGAUGGUUGCUAAUGGUGAUGGAAAGGUUGGCAUUCAAGGUCUUAUUAGUGUUAUAGAGAGGAUCAAUGGCAUUUGA